CAUUAUUGUUCAAAUUGAAAAAGGACUGGACCAAGUUACCACACAGCUACAAAGUGUUUCAAGGACGGCCCAUGAAGAAAACAAGAGGAACUUUGAGGAACAUGCACGGCGAAUAACUGAUUUGUUCGGAGAUAUGGAGGGCGUUGUCGCAGGUCUGAAAAAAACCUGGUACAGUGUAUCCAGUCGUACACAAAUGUAUGAGAAACUGAAUGUGGCCCCAGCAACAACCAAGCAGGUCCCAAUAUUGGCAAAGACUCGUCUGCAACUGGUUCAGAGAAGUGUGCUGUGCCUGUGAAUACUGAGGUGGGGAAGGAAGACUUCACUGUACCACAGAGCAAUGUCCAGGAAGGUAUCAUGGGUGUACAUGGUGUAUCGGACCGAGCAAAUCCAUUUGAAGUCAAUAUGAACGAGGAGCAUGCAAGAUGUGAUGGCACAUGCGCGGAUGAACGAAGGGAAUUACCAGGAUGAGUCGGGUCUGCCUGAUUCUAAGCAGAAACUGGGCGUGGAUGCAGGAAUCAAAUCUAAAGAAAGUGAUGGUUCAGCUACAGGCCACAAACGGUGCACUUCACAAGAACAUGUGAGAGAGCGUCAACAACCGAUCUUCAAUGUAACUCCAGGAACAAGUGAAAAUGGCAUAGGAACUGCAACUCGAGUUUCAUUGUGGCCCGGCGCAGGAGAGAACUCUUCAGAAAAUAAUUCAGAUGCCGUAGCAGCCAAUAACUCAAGGUGUACUCGAAUUAAAAAAGGUUUAGACAAUCCUAGUAUGGGCAAAAGAAAGGCCAGCCCAGAUAAUAAUUUGCAUUCAAAACGGAGAAGAACUACGAAGAUAAUAUCUAGGAAAAUACGUUCCGCCAGGGGAAACAAGUGUGGUUCUGGGGCAGAUUAUUUCAUGGACCAAGGGGCUAUUAUCCCAGUAUCCAAGAAAGGUGUAACUCCCAUCAAGUGUCAUGUUGCUGAGAGGCAAGUACCUCCGUCACCGUUUGAGCUCAACUUGAUUCCAAGAACCAUAAGUAUAUCUGUUAUAGAGAAAAUGUACAAGAAGUUUGAAGAAGAAGAACCUGCAGCACUCAAUAGUGUAUGGUUUGAACAUGAUGAUCCUUGGACAAUAAGGCUGACAGGAUAUGAACUUUGGAAAGGGUUUGUGCAAUCUGUGCCAAUUACCACAGAAAUAUUUGAUGCAAUUGUAAGAUUACUCCAGGAGGAAGACACAUCGAUGUACAAAGAUGUAGCUGUGAGCACCGACAAUGGCGGCACCUGUUACCGCCAUGCUUCACGGAUUUUGCGAUAGCAAAUGGUGAAGGAAUUUACAGUGAAAAGAUUAAGGAGCUGUUUCUAGGGCACCACCUUCGGAGUAACGCAUAGCAUUGCCGACUGAUAAUGGUACCUUGUGCUUUUAGUGGGAACUGGUCCUUGUAUGCUUGGGAUCUAGAAAAGUUCAGAAUACACAUACUAGACCCGGUGCUGUGCCAAAAGACAAGAGAAGCUCAUAGGGCAGUUCACUCUGACACAGUUGCCACAAUGCAUAAGAAGUUAUUUGACUAUAUAUUUGAACUGUUUAUUCUACAACUUUGCACAUCCACCAGCGUUAGAGGAGGACUCAUCGUUUUAUGUUGCUCAUUACAUAAAAUGGUUUGAUGGAGAUAAACUAACGUUUGUGAUUGAUAAGCGGAAGGCAAAAAAUACAAGGAUGAUUUUAUUCUGUAACCUGAUGCAAUCCAACAAAGUGUCGAAGCCAAAGUACCUGCUGGGAGAUGAAGCUGUCAAUUGAUACUACAGUCUGAAACCUUGUUUUGGAUCGUUUAAUCCUAUGAUGUAACAUAAGACAUGUACGCACGCUCACGAAGACAUAUCAUUGUCACUGUAUGAUGUAAUUACUUAAUUUAUGGCUGAAAAUUGGUAUAUGUGGGACAAACUAAGAAUUUGUACUUCCGUGGCACUAAAAGGUUGAUACCUGAUGCGGAUGGUCCCGAAGUAAGUUUGUUCAAGUGGACACACCUGCUAAUGCGGGGGCCCACACUACAACAGAAGGCUCUAGGACCGGCAAUAAAUACAACACACAACCUUAGGCCAACGCCCCCAACCAACCAAUGCUGAACACCCCCCUUCCCCCAUCCACUUUGGCAGCUUCAGUGUAGCCCCCCCUAAAGGCAGCACUAGAAAAAAGCAGAAAGCUCUGAAGAAGCCUCCAAGAGACCAGGUAGGUUCUGCUGACAAAGAUGUCGACCCUGUUUUUCUGAUUUGCCUUGGCUUGUUUCCGAUUCGCAGAUUUAUUUGGUUUUCUAGUUACUGAAUCCAUUUCCUUUGCAGAUCUGGAUUUUUCCGUUAUCGUGGAACACUUAUGUUCGCAGUGCUUUGUCUGUUCUUUUCCAGGGUUGCAAGACAAAAAGGGAUGGCAUGGUACGUGGUGUUCCGAGGUAGGAUCCUGGGCAUUUACCGGGAUUGGCCAUCUUGCAAUGAUCAGGUUUGUGGUUUCCCGGGUUGCUCAUUCCGCAGCUACCCUUCACAAGAACAAGCACUUUGCGGCGUACCUUGCCUACUUCGGGAAGGCAGAUCCAACUGCAUCCGAUGCAUCUGGUUUCCAUGGGGCAGCCCUGGGCACACAAGUCUUCCCGGUGGCGGCAGAGACAAAUGUUCAAGGUCCAGCGACUCCAGAAGCAAUUGCAGGAGAAGCUGAUGUUCCAGCUGGUCUCCCUGCAGCGGCUGAAUAGGACAUGGCCGUCGUGCUGGUGCUCAUUUUUUCUCUGCUCCUGGCGAUAACUUCCUACCUCAUGAACUAAAGGUUCAACACUCCUGCCAAUAACCUAGCUCAUGAGGUUUUGACCGGCAUUAGAAAAAAUUGUAAUGUUAGCGGGAUGUCUUGUAAUGGAUCCAUGAAUUGGUACCAUCAGACUUGUAAGACUCUUAUUUAGUACUAGAUAUCGGUAUGUGAUGAAUAACCUAGUCGUUGUAAAGUUGCAUGGGAGUGCUCAAGGCAGAAAAAAGCACUAAAAUGACCAUGUGUAUUUGUGUGUGGCA